AUGUCAAGCCGCGUGUCGCGCACAAAGAUGGAAUUUGCGAUUCCGCACCAUCUCGACCAACUCGCCGCGUCGUUGGCCGACACGGCACCGUACGAGAAGAAAAUACCAGAUACCAUGUCGGUACGGCCCGCUUUCUACUCUUUUCGCAACCCAGUGGGCAUGAUACACACCGCGUUUUCUAAAAUAUACAAGCAUACUGCACCAGCACAGCCUUUUCCGCCGCCCGAGGUGGUUUAUAUCGACGAGGCAGCCCAGGUCGACCAGCUCCUGCCUAAAGCGCUCGAAACGACCGGCACCAUCGCCAACACGAUCGGCUUUGAUCUUGAAUGGGACUUUGGGCCACGUACAGGUAAGGCUGCGGUGAUGCAAGUAAGCACAGCGACGCGCAUUCUCAUUAUCCACCUCUCCUCUUUUCGAGGUCUUCCCACGAGUAUACGCGAAAUGAUGGCUGAUCCACGCAUCCAUAAAACUGGCGUCGCGGUACGGAAUGAUGCACAUAAGCUGCGCCGCGAUUUCGGGCUCUCAUCUGCAGGGCUUGUCGAGCUGAGCACCCUGGCCAAGGCCGUGGAGCCAGAGCGCUGGGCGCAUCGCCGCCUGCUGAUCAGCUUGCGCGAUUUGUGUUCUGCAUACUUGAACGAGACGCUGCGCAAGGAUGCGGUGCGGACCAGUACGUGGUCACACGCGCCUUUGAGCGCAAUGCAGACCGAGUACGCCGCUUCAGAUGCGUACGUGAGCCUGGAGCUGUUUCACGCGAUCGCAAGGCUGGGCUAUACAGCAGCGCAUCACACGCCGGGCCAUGCCGACGGGCUCGGGUAUAUCGAGCAGCUCGUGAGCCGCGCCACGAGCUCGGUGACGGAUGUACCGCACCUGAAACAAGUGCGCGGGCCGCCCAUGCAAAGGCCGACACUGCCCGGCCGUGCAUUUGAGCGUGCACUGUAUGUAUGGAAGAAGGACGCAUGCUCUUUUACGUACGUUGCUGCGAAUGCGCACAUUCGGAUCUCGACCGUGGUGCAGUACGUCCUGCGUGGCCUUGAUGAAGAAAUGCGUUUAAAAGGUCCGCUAGAUGAACAUGUACGCGAUCGCUUGCGCGCCGAGUUCGAACACGAAGAGGCGCGGCGUGCGGCCAAAUACCACACAUACUGGCUGCUGAAACACCGCGUGCUGACCGAGGAGCAGGUGCGGGCGCUACAAGGAUAG